CCUGUGCACUAGCCCUGCUAAGGUCUUGCUAUUGUUAGCCGGGUCGGCACCGGCUUAGGGCAAUAGCUCUCGCUAAUUGGCACAGAGCCGCCUACAACAAUACCGUGCCUCAUGCGUGGAAGUUGCAUGUGUGCUUGUGCGCAGGCGCUGGAGCUCACCACGCAGGCCGGCAGCGGCUGGGCGCGCGAGCGGCAGCGGUUUCUGCAGGGCAGCACCUCGGGACCGGCGGCAGUAGCAGCAGCAGGUGGCGGCGGCGAGGACCUGGACGCGGUGGCUGUGGCGGCGGCGGAGCUGCUGCUGCCGCUGCAGCACUGGCGGCGCGUGCCGCGAAUGGAGGCGCUGGCGGCGGCAGGUCUGCGCGAGGCUGUCAGCUACACGGCGGUGCUGCAGCUGAGCGAGCCGGAGUGGGAAGAGCUGGAGGCGGAAAUGCGGCUGUGAAGUGCGGCUGUGAAGUC